AAUCAGCGACAAAGGGUGUGUCUUCUUUACCAAUUCACUUACAAACCCCGCCCUAUACGGCGCCGGAUGUUGGCACCUGUUUCCCUGGUAACCAGUACCGGAAGUGUGGUGUGCAGCAGUCUGCAGGACCUAGAGCAACUAAAGCAGAAGAAAUGGUGCGCUUACACGUGAAACACGGCGAUGAGAGCCAGUUCCUGUUUGAUACAACUGUUACCGUUUCUGUAGAGGAGCUGACCAAGCAAGUGGCCUCCAUAUACAAUGGACGACUAAAAGUCAGUAGGAUCUGUACAGAGAUGGAAGAACUGGCUGAACACGGCAUUACACUGCCACCCAACAUGCAAGGGUUAACAGACGAGCAGAUCGAGGAUCUGAAGCUGAAAGAUGAGUGGGAAACAAAAUGUGUGCCCAGCGGGGGAAGCGUCUUCAAGAAGGACGAGCUUGGAAGGAGGAAUGGACAUGCACCAAAUGAGAAUAUGAAGAAGGUUUUGCAGAAAACAAUGGAGGAAGCCAAAGCUUUAAUAUCAAAGAAACAAGCAGAAGCCAAUGUAUGUGUCACUAUGGAGAUGGUGAGAGAUGCCCUGGAUCAGCUCCGGGGAGCUGUCAUGAUUGUAUAUCCAAUGGGAUUGCCUCCACAUGAUCCUAUUCGGAUGGAGUUUGAGAAUAAUGAAGAUCUCUCAGGAACUCAGGCUGGACAGAUGGUGAUUGAGGAGCCUGGUGCCCAGUUGUGGUGGGCUGGAAAAGAGCUGCUGAGAAAACAGAAACUUGUAGAAUACAUUGGCAAAAACGAGAAGACUAAAAUUAUUGUGAAGAUACAAAAGAGAGGACAAGGAGCCCCAGCGCGGGAACCUGUAAUAACUGAGGAGGAGCAGAAGAAGAUGAUGAUGUUUUACCACAGGCGCCAGGAAGAGCUUAAGAAACUUGAAGAGGAUGAGGAUUUGGCGCACUUAAACGCGGAAUGGGCGGACAGCAGCUCUUUGAAAAGACAAUUCCAAGGUGUGAAAGACAUUAAAUGGAGACCAAGAUAAAGACGUCUUAUUCCUUUUCUUGUGUUUGUAUGUUGCCCUCUCCUGUUUUUGAAUAAAUUAUCUUUA